ACGACAGGAAGUAGACAGCAACAAUAACUGGACAGCAGCAGACAGAUACAGACAGAGGAGACAGCUGUGUCUGUGUCAGUAACGAUGGAGGAGUAUAACUCUGGAGAAGAGCAGGUUGUCUUCAACUCUGAUGAUGCCAGUGUUUCAGUUAAAGAGUGUAUUGAAGGUGUCAUCGGUGGAACAGAUUAUAAUCAGAGUAAAGUGAACCAGUGGACGGCCAGUAUAGUGGAGCAUUCUCUGACUCACCUGGUGAAACAGGGACGGCCAUUCAAAUACAUGGUAAACUGUACCAUCAUGCAGAAGAGCGGUGCUGGUCUCCACACAGCCAACUCCUGCUACUGGGACACUGCCACUGACGGAAGCUGCACGGUCAGGUGGGAGAAUCGCACCAUGUACUGUGUGGUCAGUGUGUUCGCUGUGGCGCUGUGACAGCGGCACAGAGCUGUGUUCUGCUCUGUCUUCUAACACCGUCAUGACUGCAGCUGCGCUUUAAAUGGCACGUGACCAAGAAGCCAUAAAGACCCUCUGGUGGAAGUUAAUCUACAAGUAGUCUAUUUUCUCCCCUGGAAAAAGGCUUGGAAAACAAAACUUCAGAAUGAAUAAGAGUUGUGUUUUGAGAGUCUACAGCCUGCAAUCAUGGGCCAGUUUGACUGUGAGAAAAUGUUGCUUUGUAGGGACCAAACUCAUGGUCAGAGUGCAAGCUAGGGGAUUAAAAAAUGUAGUUUUUUUUUUUUUUUUAAGUCUUAAAAAGUGAACACUAAAUAUUGUGAUCCAUCAACUAUUUCCAUAAAUUGUCCCAAGACCCUGUAAUGUUUCUUUAAUGUAGAACUUCAUUUGUUUUUAUAUUUUGUCUCCAUACAGGACUGAGGUGUUACUGUAGAGGAAAGUUGCCCAUUCCUUAAGACAAGUUGUUUUUUAGUAGAUACCGACCUACUUACGUUAAGUGUUUCUACUAGUCUGUGUUAAUAUUCUUAAUAUUUAUAUUAGUAUGUAUUUGUAGCUGUGCAGAUAAGAGUGUAUUUCCAGGAUAGAGUCAUUUAAUGGUCAGUCCAAACAACCAAGGCACUUUUUCUAGACUUUUCCUGAAGAAAUCCUGGAAUUUUACCAUUGAACUGUAUGUUGAGUUCACUGAAACCGUUUUAUGAAUUUAUUUGUCUGAACAUUGACUGUGGAGUCAUUAAAUAUAUUCAACAAAC